AUGCAGCGGGGCGCUGCGCUGAACCUGCGCCUGUGGCUCUGCCUCGGACUUCUCCAAGGCCUGGCAAAUGGCUACUCCAUGACCCCUCCAACCCUGAACAUCACAGAGGAUUCAUAUGUCAUUGACACCGGGGACACCCUAUCCAUAUCCUGCAGGGGGCAGCACCCCCUCGAGUGGACCUGGCCAGGGGCCCAAGAGGUACUGACCACAGGUGGGAAGGACAGCGAGGACACGCAGGUUGUGCAAGACUGUGAAGGCACAGAAGCUAGGCCCUACUGCAAGGUGCUGUCGCUGGCCCAGACUCACGCCAACAACACGGGCAGCUAUUACUGCUACUACAAGUACAUCAAGGCCCGGAUUGAGGGCACCACAGCUGCCAGCACCUAUGUGUUUGUAAGAGACUUUGAACAGCCUUUCAUCAACAAACCUGACACGCUCCUGGUCAACAGGAAGGACUCGAUGUGGGUGCCCUGCUUGGUGUCCAUUCCCGGGCUCAACAUCACACUGCGCUCGCAAAGUUCGGUGCUGCACCCUGAUGGGCAGGAGGUGUUGUGGGACGACCGCCGGGGCAUGCGGGUGCCCACUCUACUGUUGCGUGACGCCCUGUACCUGCAGUGCGAGACCACCUGGGGAGACCAGGACUUCCUUUCCAAUCCCUUCCUCGUGCACAUCACAGGCAAUGAGCUCUAUGACAUCCAGCUGUACCCCAAGAAGUCACUGGAGCUGUUGGUUGGAGAGAAGCUGGUUUUGAACUGUACAGUAUGGGCUGAGUUUGACUCUGGUGUCACCUUCGACUGGGAUUACCCAGGAAAGCAGGCAGAGCGUGCUAAGUGGGUACCUGAGCGGCGUUCCCAGCAGACCCACACGGAACUCUCCAGCAUCCUGACCAUCCACAAUGUCAGCCAGCACGACCUGGGCCCCUAUGUGUGUGAGGCCAACAAUGGGAUUCAGCGGUUCCGGGAAAGCACGGAGGUCAUUGUGCACGAAAAGCCCUUCAUCAGUGUCGAGUGGCUCAAAGGACCUGUCCUGGAGGCCACAGCCGGUGACGAGAUGGUGAAGCUGCCCGUGAAGCUUGCAGCGUAUCCCCCACCGGAGUUCCAAUGGUACAAGGACAGAAAGGCAGUGACUGGGCGCCACAAUCCACAUGCUCUGGUGCUCAAAGAGGUGACCGAGGCCAGUGCAGGCGUCUACACCCUCGCCCUGUGGAACUCUGCAGCUGGUCUGAGGCAGAAUAUCAGUCUGGAGCUGGUGGUGAAUGUGCCGCCCCACAUCCAUGAAAAGGAAGCUUCUUCACCCAGCAUCUACUCCCGCCACAGCCGCCAAACCCUCACCUGCACCACCUAUGGGGUACCCCAACCUCUCAGUGUUCAGUGGCACUGGAGGCCCUGGACACCCUGCAAGACAUUUGCCCAGCGCAGUCUCCGGAGGCGGCAGCAGCGGGAUGGCAUGCCACAGUGCCGAGACUGGAAGGAGGUGACCACUCAGGACGCUGUGAACCCCAUCGAGAGCCUGGACACCUGGACCGAGUCUGUGGAGGGCAAGAACAAGACGGUGAGCAAGCUGGUGAUUCAGGAUGCCAAUGUGUCAGCCAUGUACAAAUGCGUGGUCUUCAACAAAGUGGGCCAGGACGAGCGGCUCAUCUACUUCUAUGUGACCACCAUCCCUGACGGCUUCAGUAUCGAAUCAGAGCCUUCCGAGGAUCCCUUAGAAGGCCAGUCCGUGCGCCUCAGCUGCCGGGCGGACAACUACACGUAUGAGCAUCUGCGCUGGUACCGGCUCAACCUCUCCACGCUGCACGACGCUCAAGGGAACCCCCUACUGCUCGACUGCAAGAACGUGCACCUGUUUGCCACGCCCCUAGAGGCCAACCUAGAGGAGGCGGAGCCUGGGGCCCGCCACGCCACCCUCAGCUUGAAUAUCCCCCGAGUGGCGCCCGAGGACGAGGGUGACUACGUGUGUGAGGUGCAAGAUAGGCGCAACCAAGACAAGCACUGCCACAAGAAAUACCUGUCCGUACAGGCCCUAGAAGCUCCUCGGCUCACGCAGAACUUGACCGACCUCCUGGUGAACGUGAGUGACUCCCUGGAGAUGCGAUGUCCGGUAGCCGGAGCACACGUGCCCAGUAUUGUGUGGUACAAAGAUGAAAGGCUCCUGGAGAAAGAGUCGGGAAUCGACCUGGCAGACUCCAAUCAGAGGCUGAGCAUCCAACGCGUGCGCGAGGAGGACGCGGGUCGUUACCUGUGCAGUGUGUGCAAUGCCAAGGGUUGCGUAAACUCCUCCGCCAGCGUGGCCGUAGAAGGCUCGGAAGAUAAAGGCAGCAUGGAGAUUGUGAUACUCAUUGGCACUGGCGUCAUCGCAGUCUUCUUCUGGGUCCUCCUCCUGCUCAUCUUCUGUAACAUGAAAAGGCCUGCCCAUGCAGACAUCAAGACGGGCUACCUGUCCAUCAUCAUGGACCCCGGGGAGGUGCCUUUGGAGGAGCAGUGUGAAUACCUGUCCUAUGACGUCAGCCAGUGGGAGUUCCCCAGGGAAAGGUUGCACCUCGGGAGAGUCCUAGGCCAUGGGGCUUUUGGGAAGGUGGUGGAAGCCUCAGCCUUUGGCAUCAAUAAAGGCAGCAGCUGUGAUACCGUGGCGGUGAAGAUGCUGAAAGAGGGCGCUACUGCCAGCGAACACCGUGCCCUGAUGUCCGAGCUCAAGAUCCUAAUUCACAUCGGUAACCACCUCAAUGUGGUUAACCUCCUAGGGGCGUGCACCAAGCCCAACGGCCCUCUCAUGGUGAUCGUGGAGUUUUGCAAAUACGGCAACCUCUCCAACUUCUUGCGUGUCAAGCGGGAGAUGUUCGACCCCUACGCAGAGAAGUCUCCCGAGCAACGCAGGCGCUUCCGGGCGAUGGUAGAAGGCGCCAAGGCUGAUAGGAGGAGACUUGGAAGCACAGACAGAGCCCUGUUUACAAGGUUCCUGAUGGGCAAAGGAAGUGCACGGCGAGCCCCACUUGUCCAAGAAGCUGAGGACCUGUGGUUGAGCCCGCUGACCAUGGAGGACCUUGUCUGCUACAGUUUCCAAGUGGCCCGGGGAAUGGAGUUCCUGGCUUCCCGCAAGUGCAUUCACAGAGACCUGGCUGCUCGGAACAUUUUACUGUCAGAAAGUGACAUAGUGAAGAUCUGUGACUUUGGCCUCGCUCGGGACAUCUACAAAGACCCUGACUAUGUCCGAAAGGGCAGCGCCCGACUGCCUCUGAAAUGGAUGGCCCCUGAGAGCAUCUUCGAUAAGGUGUACACCACGCAGAGUGAUGUGUGGUCCUUCGGAGUGCUGCUGUGGGAGAUUUUCUCACUGGGGGCCUCUCCAUACCCUGGGGUACAGAUCAAUGAGGAGUUCUGCCAGCGGCUGAAAGACGGCACACGAAUGAGGGCCCCAGAGCUGGCCACUCCUGCCAUACGCCACAUUAUGCAGAGUUGCUGGUCUGGAGACCCUAAAGCGAGGCCCGCUUUCUCUGACCUAGUGGAGAUCCUGGGGGACCUGCUUCAGGGUGGAGGCUGGCAGGAGGAGGAGGAGGAAUGCAUGGCCCUGCACAGCUCUCAGAGCUCAGAGGAGGAUGGCUUCAUGCAGGCAUCCACCACAGCUCUACAUAUCACGGAGGCUGACGCUGAGAGCAGUCCACCCAGCAUGCAUUGCCACAGCCUGGCAGCCAGAUAUUACAACUGUGUGUCCUUUCCUGGGCGCCUGGUCAGGGGGACUAAGGCUCCAGGUUCCUCCAGGAUGAAGACGUUUGAAGAAUUGCCCAUGACCCCUACAACCUACAAAGCCUCUGUGGAUAACCAGACAGACAGCGGGAUGGUGCUGGCCUCAGAAGAGUUUGAGCAGAUAGAAAGCAGGCAUAGACAAGAAGGCAGCUUCAGCCGUAAAGAUCCUGGCCAGCACAUGGAUAUUUCCAGAGGACACCCUGACCUCCAGGGGAGGCGGCGACGGCCCACCCAAGGGGCACAAGGAGGCAAGGUGUUUUACAACAACGAGUAUGGGGAGGUCUCCCAGCCGUGUACAGAAGGUGAAUGCUGCCCGUCUGCUGGCUCCACCUUCUUCGCAGACAGCAACUACUAAGGAACACGCGGCAAGGCCUCCUGCCCCUGGCUGCAACCCGGCUCCGACGGCUGGGCUGGAGAGACAUCCCUAGCAGGACAAGGCUGGAGGCCCAGGCUGGGAAGUCAACUCCUCUAGUUCCAGCCCAGAGGUGUUUUGUGUCCCACCCCUACCCCCUGCCCCUUACAGCCUCCCUAUCCAGGAAGAGUCAAACUCAGACACGAGGGCUCCCUUGAACUCGAUAUCACUGGGCAGUCACCCUCACCCUCGCAUUCAAUUCCCUUGUAGCUCAGCCUUCUCAGAUGCCGGCCCCGGAAUAAGGACUCUGGCAGAGAAUCCUUCUUCAGCACCUGUUUUCAUCGCCCUGGUGGGUGACAGGGUUCUCGGAAGGAAUACAUAUGUCUGAGAGUUACAGGAUGAAUCAAGGCAGAGCUAACCCAGAGCCACCAUG